CAUCUACAAAUCGCAUACAAUUUGAUUAUUUUUGUUGAAACGGCGGUUUAUUUGUCGUUUCUAGGGCAUUGUAAUUAGAAUUGUUCAAAGUCUAGUAGAAAUUUGUGUUGUGAGUUAAAAUGUCGCUUUCAGAUGAGAUAGCACACUUUAAAUUAUGGGCGACAAAGCUUGGAUGCCCGCUUGAGAAAAUACCAUCCGAUGAAACACUCAAGAAGUACAUCCGAGGUAAACAGAGUAUCUUGUUCAAGAACAUAACGGAUGAAGUACGACCGCGUCAGGACACAGCAGCGAUACGAAACAAUGUCCUUGUCAGUAAAAUAAAACAAUACGAAAAUUUGGGUGGAGUCUUGUCUAAAGACAUUCAACGCUACGAGAAAAUUGUUAAACUCAAAGCUAAAUGUUCAGAAAGUAAAGCACGUAUUAUUAAUUCUAAGAAACUGUUGGAAUCUAUAACAUCCGAUAUAAAAGGGAGAAAUAUCCAGAAAGUUCAACUCCAUGCUAAACUACGAGAGGUCAACGACAAGCUGGCAUUGUUUCGGGCGGCCGACAAAUCGUUAGCAAAAAUGUCUGCAAAAGAAGUUGAAAUCAAACAAACGAUUGAUCGACUGAUGCCAGUGAAGAUGAUUCAUUGUACCAAAGAUAAAACGAAUGCCAACGAUGCAAUCCAACUGUGUCUGCAAUAUCUUUAUGAUUUCUAUUCUAAAUUUCCCGAAAGAAAGCAAGACGGAAGCAGACAGGCUCAGCAAACACUUUGGUCUAACAUGAAAGCCGAAUUGAAAGACAUUCCCAAUUAUCUACUUUGGACGGUUCUGAUGGAAAUGAAGGAGAAACAACUAUUGGAGAUUUCUGAAACAAAUCGUAAGCAGAACGAACUCGAGCAGAAGGUAACUUUGUCGGAUCAAGAUGCGUUGCAAGUUAAUAUGGCUAAACUGUGCGGAAAUCACAUAAAUUUAUUCGUUGAUUUAAUUGCCACGAAACGUUCGGUUCAGAUGACAAGGGAUGAUUAUUUAGCAAAAUAUACAACAUUUUCUCAAAUGUUGGAGGCGAAAAUGAAUCUUUUGAAUACAAUGGAUGAUGAGUCGGAGGAAAUUCUAGAAGACUAUAUGCUUGAAUCAACGUCUAGAGAUUACAAUCAAGGUCAGUUAGAGUUUUUCAAAAAGGAGAUCGAGAAAAAGAAACAGGAAAUCAAAAUGCAAACCCAAAAAUUGGACAAUCAUGAACAAUCACUGAUUCAUCUAAGAGAAAUUUACAGCGAAAUCGAUUCCUAUUCAGGACGAAUUCAAGAGGAAAUUCAGCAACUAAAUCAGAUAAAAGAAAAAAUUACAUAUCUCAAAAGAUUCAGUGGUUAUACUGUUCAUAAUAUGCGCCAAAAAACAGCUAACCAAACAAUGAACAUUAGUGAACAAUCAAUGAAUUUGACAAAACUCGAGAACAAUAUGCUUUCAAAUGUUCCGGUGUAUUCACCAGCCACACCUCCACCGUAUUGUGACGAACUAACAGCUUUGACUGGAAUACCUUUAGUCAAAUUUAAUUACCCCUCAAAGAUAUCAUUCCUUUCGAUUUGUACUCACAUCUCUUUGUCAACGAACAGCGAAAUCGGUCCUUUGCUCUUGUUACUUCCAAACUGUUUCACGUCUGCUGAAUGUUCUUUGCAGGAAGUUAGAGCCCUGAUCAAAUUUGAUGAGCAUGUUAGGGGCUAUAUGCGGGAUCUUAAGCCAGAAAUGGACGAAACUGCGGUAGAUGAUGAGCGUUACAAACAGCUGUGGAUAGCCAACAACGAAAAGAUAUGCGAGCAACUGAAUGAGAUCGAUGCCGUUUCGAGCAAUACAAAACAGACCAUCGAGAAGAGUCGCGUUUAUUACAAUUUUGUGUUGGCAAACGCGCUGCGAAAGUAUGUUCCUCCCAAAAAAUUGUUCAAUGGAAGAAACUAUCGGGAGUAUGAGGGUGAAUAUAUGAUGUACUAUCGGAUGAUCAACGGAAAGAAAUGAACAUGGGAAUUGUAUUUUAUCAAAUUUGUCCAUUACCAUUAAUUGUCAGUAUAUUAAUAAGUUAUUAAAUGUAUGUUUUGUUGUAAA